AUGGCGCAUGUACAGUCCUCGCGCCAGAUACUGCGCCAACAGAUCUCUGGAGCUCCGCAAGUCCGGUUAUGCAGUAGAGCUGCAGCGAGAGGCCGGCGAGGAUAUGCUACAGAGGAUAGAGAGGAAAGGGAGAGCUUCAAGGGACAGUUGUACCAGAGUACGAAUGAGCGAGUGGAUCGGGAGAGGGAACAGCAGGCUCGAUAUGCGCGGAUACGGGAGGCGCAGAAGGCGGCGAGGGGGAGGCCGUGGAUGGUGCCUUUUGUCUUGACCAUGGGCUUGGCUGGUGGUUGGUACCUUGGCCAACGAGACCCGGGCGAACAGAACACGGCGUCCACUUUACCCUUGUCACAGACCACUCCGCCGCAACAUAAUACCUCGCCCUCGAAUCUGCAGGCAGCAUGGUCGGAUUUCAAAGCUGUUGUCGGCGAGGAGAAUAUCUCCACCACGGACAGCGAUCUGACAUCCCAUUCGGGCAGCGAAUGGAGCUCUUACCCUUCUUUACCUGGCGACCGUCCCUUCGCUGUGCUGAAGCCGGGGAGUACCGGGGAUGUAUCUAAGAUCAUGGCUGUGUGUCAUAGGCGGAGGAUACCAGUCACGGCCUACAGCGGCGGGACAUCGUUGGAAGGGCAUUUCGCGGCUACGAGAGGAGGAAUAUGUAUCGACUUCUCUCGAAUGGAUAAGAUCAUCAAGCUGAAUAAGGAGGAUCUUGAUGUUGUCGUGCAGCCGGCUGUCGGGUGGGAGCUGCUGAAUGAGGAGUUGGCGGAGUCUCAGCUCUUCUUCCCGCCUGAUCCUGGUCCCGGGGCGAUGAUCGGAGGUAUGAUUGGAACGGGUUGUUCGGGGACGAAUGCUUAUCGGUAUGGGACUAUGAAGGAUUGGGUGUUGAGUUUGACGGUUGUGAUGGCGGACGGGACGGUGGUGAAGACGAAGCAGCGGCCGAGGAAGAGUAGUGCUGGCUACGACCUUACACGCAGCUUUAUUGGCUCCGAAGGCACGCUUGGUCUCGUUACAGAGGCUGUGUUGAAGGUCACUCCUCUGCCGCAGAACACAAGGGUAGCAGUCUGCACUUUUCCUACCAUUAGGACGGCAGCGGACUGCGUUUUCUCCGUCGUCGGAGCCGGUGUUCCCAUUGCAGCGAUAGAGAUUCUGGACGAUGUCCAGAUGAGGUGUAUCAACGACUCUGGCAGUACCUCACGAAGCUGGAAAGAAGUUCCUACCUUGUUCUUCAAAUUCAGCGGGACGCCGACAGCAGUCAAAGAGCACAUCUCGAUGGUGCAGGGUCUAGCCAAGAAAGCCGGAAGCAAGACCUUCGAGUUUGCGAAGAACAAGGAGGAGGGGGAUGAGUUGUGGAGUGCACGAAAAGAAGCCCUCUGGUCUGUCAUGGCUAAGAAGCGCGACGACAGCGAUCACGUCUGGACCACGGACGUCGCCGUACCGAUCUCACGUCUUGCCGACAUCAUCGAGGAGACGAAAGACGAUAUCAGUAAAUCGGGUCUUACAGGUAGUAUAGUCGGCCACGUUGGAGAUGGAAACUUCCAUUCGAUCAUUCUGUAUGAUGAUUCGGAGCACGAUAUCGCGGAUGGACUUGUGCAUAGGAUGGUCAAGCGUGCGAUCGAGAUGGAGGGGACGGCAACGGGGGAGCAUGGCGUAGGGAUUGUGAAGCGGGAUUAUCUGCCGCAUGAGAUUGGGCAGCCGGCGGUGGAUUUGAUGAGGAAGAUGAAACUCGCUUUCGACCCGCUAUGCCUUCUCAAUUGCGACAAGAUUGUGCGCGCGCAGCAGCCGAAGCCGGGAGAAGUGCAGGAGUGGUAA